UAUUAAUUGUAAUGCACAAUAAAAAAACAUGAUUUUUGAAAAAAAUGAAAACGGAGUUAUCUCAGUUUGGAACCAAACUCUUAGUUUGACUUCAUAUUGAGAUCUUCAGUAAUAUUGACUUUUGAUUGCAAAAUCGACUAAUCAUAAGGCGGGUCCCAAAUUGAGCACUUAUGCACUAUUCUACGCCAUUUUGUAGUAUAAAUAGUUUGAAUAGUGCACUUUGAGUACCCGGAUGAUGCACCUUUCCAACUGAAAAUAUGAAGUGUGGAACUGUGGACACUUCACGCACUCAACGGUCGCAGUUUUGCUUAUGUAGCGGAAGAGAGGCGGGGCUAUCGGAUGCUGCUCGAGCAAAACUCUCCUGCAGAGUGACAACGCUUCAAUCUGAUGAUGACUAAAGUCAUGCUGGGCAAAACACAUGACAACUACAUUAAACGCACAAUGCACAAUUAGAUUUUUACUCACACGCACUGUGCCGUGCGAUUGACGUCAAUUGUGCACGUCUGGGAAACAGAUAUACUUCCGGUUAGUAUAAAACCCUUUAGUAUUCCAUCUGGGACGAUACUACCCUUCUAAAAUUCAUACACUACAUGGUUGAGUGCAUAGUGUACAGCAUAGUAUGUCAUUUUGGACACAACUAUAGUGAAUCAAAGACAUCGUUGAGAUCUCUCAUGGAGUCUUUUUCUCAGAAGAAAUAUUUGAGACACAGGAGACGCAAGCAAACGUCUAUUUGCUCUCCACUUAAUUUCACUGAUGUCUAGGAGAAAAACCUGAGAUAUUAAAGAGCCCUCUUCCUUGAUAUUUCCUUGAAAAGGAUUGAUGGAAAUGUCGCUUUGAAGGUUGCAACAUUAUGCUCCUAAAAACUCAAAAUGAGAAUGUUAAAGAAGAAUUCAAAGCAAAAGUCUCGAACGUCUCCAUUAAGGUCAUCUCCUCUGGUGUACAGUGGAAACGAAUCAGAUAUGACAGAAAUCUCAUUAGUGUUUUUCUUUCCUAUAUGGAAGUCAAAAGAAAGGACGGGCAUUAAGGUUCAAACACGAUGACAUGACACUAUGGACGAAUGGCAUCUCGGCAGGUGAAUUCUGGGAAGGGCUUCCUGUUCCCCCCUUACAACCUGCAGUGGCCGGACAGUGAGCUGUGAUUUGGCAUCGCCGGCGUAUCCGUGCCUGCCGCGGCCGCAUCUCACCUUUGCACGGGCAGCUUUUACCGUCUGGAUUGCACUGCCCGGUCGUAGCCGGGUGGCAUGACUGACCGCAAGCGCAGCUACAAAGCAGUACGGUCAUGUGAUGAGGGGGUCACAUCUGGAGAGACCCUGGCGGCUUUGGCUCAGAACUCCACUUACAUGCACAAUGUUCUCGGGCCUGCGUGCAUCUUUCUCCGCAAGGGCUUCGCUGAGAGCCGUCAGGCUAACAGAGAGCUGAGGCCAGAGGAAAUGGAUGAGUUACGAGAAGCCUUCAAAGAGUUCGAUAAAGACAAAGACGGCUUUAUUGGAUGCAAGGACCUGGGGAACUGCAUGAGAACUAUGGGUUACAUGCCUACCGAGAUGGAACUCAUUGAACUGAGUCAACAGAUCAACAUGAACUUGGGGGGCCAUGUGGACUUUGAAGACUUUGUGGAGUUGAUGGGUCCCAAACUUCUGGCUGAGACGGCAGAUAUGAUCGGAGUAAAAGAGUUAAGAGACGCCUUUAAGGAGUUUGACACCAACGGAGACGGUCAGAUCAGCACAGCAGAGCUAAGAGAGGCCAUGAAGAAACUGCUCGGGCAGCAGGUGGGCCACAGAGAUUUAGAGGACAUUCUACGAGACAUUGAUUUGAAUGGAGACGGACAUGUUGACUUUGAAGAAUUUGUGCGAAUGAUGUCUCGCUAGACAAAAGGUGGACGGAACAUAUCAAAAACUGGACUUCCUACAUUGUGAACAAAAGAGGAUGGAGGAGAUGAAAAGGUGAGGAAUUAUGAAGAGGAAACCAGAGCAGCUUCAAGAGAGGAACUUCUGGAACAUGAACUUUGACCUCGAAGCACAAACUAAAGGUUUUCUAACAGAAAAAUAGGAAUGACAACUCGCUGAUGCUGUGAUAUAUCCGAGUAACAGUUAUCAGAAUACAUGCAAUGGUUCUGGUGUGAGCAACAUUUGACUUGCAAUUAAAUCAACUCAGAUUGAUCAGUCAAGAAAUAUCAAUUCAUCCAGUUUCUGUAUUUCACUACUCCCUUAGUCACAUCUACUUUAUGACAGUCGAGUGUCACAGACAUAUUGCAAUAACAUUGCUCUUACACAUUGCUGUUGAUCAAUAUUUGUAAAGUUUGGAGAGAUUAGUGUGAGAGUGUAAAGUUUCCCUUUAAGAGACUCUGGCAGUUUUAUAGUAGCCUAUGGAAUCUAUUAUUACUCACAAAGACUUUAUUUUAUAUAUCAAUGCAAAAUGUAAGUUAUAACUGGGAAAUGCUGGAAAAACUUUGCUAUCCAUCAUUUGCUAUUUAUUGUACUAUACUGUACAUCGGACCUAUGCACUACAGUAUGUGUGGACAUAUUUUUGAAAGAAACUUGCCAUAAAAAUGAAGAAUAUUUAAUUGUUUGCACAAUGUCCUGCAUGAAUGCUAGUGCUGAUGCAAAUACAAGUUGACUCAGACACGUAGCCUACUGUUGUAAACACACUUUUAGUUUUGUGGCGUUUAGUUUUGUGGCCUGUAUUGUGAGUUCGGUAACAGUCAAACACGCAUAUUUUAUCUCAUUUCUGUAUUUGAGAUUGUGUGUGUGUGUGUGUGUGUGUGUGUGUGUGUGUGUGUGUGUGUGUGUGUGUGUGUGUGUGUGUGUGUGUGUGUGUGUGUGUGUGUGUGUGUGUGUGUGUGUGUGUGUGUGUGUGUGUGUGAGAGAGAGAGAGAGAGAGAGAGCAUUGGGUUUCAACCCGUUUUGUUCUGACCUGUUUUGUGUGAGUUCAAGUUUGUUUUACCCGAGUUAUUCUAUGCAUGCCAAAACAACAACUUCUUGUAGCUGUAUAUUGUAUUAAAGAGUUGUGUUGUCCAACUG